ACAGUUAUUUGGGUCAUGGUUUCGUUGUUUUGUGGCGAAGUGAAGCGAGGCGGUGGUUUAUCUUGUCGUUCAUACGUCAUCUUUGUGAGGCAGUGUCGCGCUUACCUCUGCUGAAGUGGAAUGAGCAGCGUAGAUGCGAAGAGUUGGUGUUAAAUAGCGUCUCAGGUGUAACUUCCAUGCUACCAUUUAUGAUGGAAAACUCCUCCGAUGACUACAGGAUUCAGUCAUUCGACCAGGACACACAGAUGUUACUGAAAACAGCUCUGAAAGAUCCCAGUUCAGUGAACCUGGAGAAGGUGUCCGAUAUCAUCGUGGAUCAGUCUUUGAAGGACCAGGUGUUCAGCAAAGAAGCUGGACGUAUUUGCUACACAAUUGUCCAGGCCGAGGCCAAGCAGAGCAACGGAAACGUGUUCAGGAGGAAUCUGUUGAACCGACUCCAGCAGGAGUUUAAGGACCGUGAGGAGACGAGGGGACGCUCGCUGCAGGAGUGGGUGUGCUACGUCACGUUCAUCUGCAACAUCUUCGACUACCUCAAAGUGAACAACAUGCCGAUGGUGGCUCUGGUCCAUCCUGUGUACGACUGUCUGAUGAGGCUGGCCCAGCCAGACGCUCUAAUGAACGAGGAGGAGGUCGACUGCCUGGUGCUGCAGCUGCAUCGCAUCGGAGAGCAGCUGGAGAAGGUGAACAACCAGCGGAUGGAUGAACUGUUCUUCCUGCUGCGGGACGGCUUCUUGCUCCAGGAGGGCCUCUCCUCCAUGGCCCGUCUGCUGCUGCUGGAGAUCCUGGAGUUCAGGGCCGGAGGCUGGAUGCUCAGCAGCACCGCCCACAAGUACUACUACAGUGAAAUCAGCGACUAGGACGGUGGCCAGGAGCUGACCAUCAGAACCGUCAAGCACCUUGGACACAUCAUGAGUCACACCUGAUUAUAAAACCAGCAAAUAGGCAGCGUCAUCUUCCAGGUAAUCAGUGGAGAAGAUGACAGGUCAUCACGUGUAAAAAGAGUUUGAUUUUGCUGGGUUGUUGCUGCGUUUCAUAAUAUUACUGAGACACGGUGUCCUGGAUGUGGAAUGUGCAAUAGGUCAUGAGUUCACUCAGCGAGGUUUAGCCACAUUCAGGUACACUUUGUUUCAAGUUUGAAUCCAGCUGGAGGAGCUGAAGGUGUUUAUUAUGUUUCUAAUCUUUCUAGCAUUCCUGUUUUCAGAGAACAUUUCAACUUAAGUUUACCAAAUCCAAAGGCGUUGGAGGAGACAUUCCAGUCAGAUUUGGUCUUUGCUUUAGUUUUAUUAUUGUUACAUUUAAAUUAAUCAGAAAGUAUUUUAAUAAUUUAGAUAGUUUAGCGUAGAAUUCCAAUUUGACUGAAGGUUUGAAUUGCAGUUCUGCCGACUUUUUCCAGUUACUGUUUAUUCAUAUGAAGUACUGUCUUAAAUCAGGGAUUUUCCUUUUUAUUUUCUUUCUUAGAAAUUUUGUUACAACUUAGGAAUGAAAAACCAAAAGAUUGGUUAUACUUAACAUUUGAACCGUUUUUCUACAGAUACAUCAGUCAGAUCUUUCAUACAUUUCUGGAUUCACAAUUUAUGUUUUAAGAAGUUGUGCCAACAAAUCAUGAACAGCAUCGUCCGCUGCAGACGACUCAGAGUCUGAACUGUUCAUUUGUACUCGAGGUGCUAGAGGAGAACAUAUUUUCCCCCGUUUAUAUAUUUGCAGGUCAGUUCUGAGUAUGAAGCUGGUAGAAAAGUGUUUUUCACAUAAAUCCAUCAGCGCUAGCAACACGAUGUAGCUGAACUCACUCAGUGACGGCUUCAAGGUCUUCAACCAAAGCUGUGCCUUGGAGUCAAAAAUAUCCACUCAACGCCCCGCUGUUCAAACAUGAGCUCUUGUUCAUUUCGUAAUCUUGACAACUUUUACCUGCAGAAAGUAAACGAGUCAAGCUAAAUGCAUAAUUGGCUUAAAGGUAGUCCGACAAGUCAAGAUAUUCUUAAUGUUAAAUAUGCAGUUAAGUUGAAUUGAAAGUUCCCCAAAUCCCCUUUUUCUGCUUCAGUGCUGGAAGAUUUAAAGAUGCAGCUUCGGUGUUUGUCACCACUUUCAGGCCAAAUUAAACACGUUGAGGAAAAACAGGUUUGUGUAAUAAACUAAUUGUAAAAAGUUAAAUAAGGAUUUAGUGCAAUUAGGAAGAACUAGGUUUGAAUGUUGUAGAAUUUCCAGUCCCUUAAUGACAGCCGACAGACCUGACUGCAAUAUAACGGAUCUAUUUGCAACACUUUUACUUCACUCGGUUCCAUUUUUUUAUGGUUGGGUUGUAUAUUAAAUGCAAAGUUAUUUGUUCUAAUAAAUCUUUGGAGUUUUUUUCUUA